AUGGCUGGCCGUGCGCUGCUGUUGGUGUGCGCCCUCUGCGCGCUGUGCUGCGCCGCCGGCGGGGGCCGGGCGUGGGAUAUGGACUACUGCACUGAGGAGAACUGGGAAUUUUUGAAGUUGCUUAAUUCCAGCAAAAAUGCCACGGAACUUCUGGAUGAGUACUGCAGGCAUAACGCAACUUUUGUGGCGGCAAUUAAACAUAAACUUACCGCAACUGGGGGCAGCGCUGGCAACGGCAAUCCCGGGGGCACGGGGGAAGAAAAGGCGCCGACAAGGUCCGAGGAAGGCCCACAAGCAGCAAAUGAAGAGUCGUCGUCCCCGACCAUGAAACAAGAAGGAGAUGUAAACUCCGCAGGCGGCAGCAGCGAACCAUCGCAAGAUGCGGCGCGAGGGGGAAAGGCGGGCGACGAGGCCCGGUCGCGCCUU